ACACGGUCCACCUCAUCAGAGAUAAGAGUCAGAAUACAGAGAGAAAAUACAGGCUGUCCUUUGUGUCUGGAAUUCCUGUCCCCCACAAAGCCAUGGAGGCCAUGGUUCAUCUUGACACAACUGGGUUGGGAGACCUGGUGCUGCUGGACCCCUUGACAGAAGACACCUUGAUGCGGAACCUGGAGGAACGCUUCCAGCACAAGGAAAUCUAUACAUACAUUGGGAAUGUGUUGAUUUCUGUGAACCCCUACGAACAGCUGCCCAUUUAUUCAGAAGCGACGUUGGAGGAGUAUAAGAACUGUAACUUCUUUGCUGUAAAACCCCACAUCUAUGCCAUAGCUGAUGAUGCCUAUAACUCCCUGAGAGAGCAGGACAAGGACCAGUGUGUUCUGAUCACUGGUGAGAGUGGGGCUGGCAAAACAGAGGCAAGCAAGCUAGUGAUGUCCUAUGUGGCAGCUGUAUGUGGGAAAGGGGAGCAGGUGGACCGUGUCAAAGAGCAGCUCUUGCAGUCCAACCCAGUGCUGGAAGCCUUUGGGAAUGCCAAAACCAUCCGCAACGACAACUCCUCGCGAUUUGGCAAAUACAUGGAUAUUGAGUUUGACUUCAAGGGCGAUCCUUUGGGUGGUGUCAUCAGCAACUAUCUACUAGAGAAAUCCCGGGUGGUGCAUCACGUGAAGGGGGAGAGAAAUUUCCACAUCUUCUAUCAAAUGCUGUCUGGGGGUUCUGACCAGCAGCUCAGACACCUGAAGCUACAGCGAGACUGUAGCCAUUACUACUACCUCAACAGGGAGGCCCCAAACCUUCAAGGUGUGGAUGAUGCAGCCAACUUCAAGGCCCUUCAGAUUGCCAUGCAGGCCAUUGGCUUCUCCGCAGAGGAAGUGACGGCAGUGCUGGAGGUGACGGCUGUUGUCCUCAAGCUAGGCAAUGUGCAGUUUCAGGCCGGUGGGGCCGAGUCGUGUGGAAUUCAAGACGACAAAG